AUGCUUUAUUCAAUUGCACUAGGUGUUUCCCGUUUAUUAUGUGAACGUGGACCUUUACUACUACGCCAGAAAUUAGUUAAUGAACGUUCAUGUUCAAAUACAAGUACAAGUAAAACGAAUGAUGUGAGAGACCAGCAAUUACCAGAAACGGUUUCAUUCGAAACAGGUAGACGUACAUCUGAAAAUCCUGUAUGGUCUAUAAAAGAUCAAGCUAGUCAUAAAACAAAAUUAUCCGGUAGUUAUGAGCAUAGUACAACAAUCGCAAGUGAUCAAGAUCAAACCACAACUAAUGCUCCACCAACCCCCGCAACUCUCACGCCACCUCCUCCUCCUCCUCCUUCAUUCGGAUCAAUAGCUGGUCAAGUCCAUGUAGCUGAAGGACGAUUGAAAUCAAACAGCCCAGUUUGGUCAACAACAACAGAUGACUAUUCGGGUAGUGUCCGUUCAAAAGAAGGUGACAAUAUCAGUCCAUCAGCGAAUUAUGUUCCAAAACGAAAUUAUUCGACAUCAUCUUCUGGCAGCACCAAUACUGACAAGAGCAAAAAGAAAGUUGAUGUUCAUUCGGAUAUGUACCCGCCAUCCACAGUAGAAAAACAAGAAUCUGUACCGUUCAAAACAGAUCCUACAUUAUCGACAACAUCAACACAAGAUCAGUCACCUUUAUCAGAAACGACCGCGCGCGCAGUCUGGUCAGUACAACGAUCGGACACAGUUCACACACCAGGAGCGAGUUCUCCUACAACAACGUUUGUUCCGUCGUCCACGGAUACGUCGUCACAUAGAUCAACGGUUUACAGUGCAGUCGGAGAUGUUAAUAUCGCGGAUCCAUUUAAAACCAAAAAUGUCCUGCCUAAUAUAUCAUCGACACUUUCGUCAACCUCUUCUAACACGGCUACUCAACCAGUUUCAACUCCGACAACACCACUCUCGGUACCGUCAACACCACCCUCGGUACCGUCAACACCAGCACAAGAUCAGUCGCCGGUAGAAGGAACAACCGAGCGUACAAUCUGGUCUAUGCAAACACCAGACGCAGUUCACAUACCAGGAGCGAGUAUUCCAACAUCAACAUUCGUUCCAUCAUCUUCGGACACAUCAUCGCAUCGAUCGACAGUCUAUAGUCCAGCUGGAGACAUUAGCGUUUCUAAUCCAUUUAAGACUAAAAAUGUCUCUCCCACAGCUCCGUCUACAUCAUCUACACUUUCCGCGUCAUCAGCAGAUCCGUCUACUCAAUCAACAACUUCAUUUUCUCCAAAAAUAAGUUCCACCGAUGUUUACUCUUCUCCAUCUUCGCCGACUUCACGAUUUGAUACAUCCCAGCCCAUCGAUAUUCAUCAAGUUGAACAGUCAACUCAUAUUCCUUCAUCAAUGUCGAAAACAUUCGGAGGUCAUGACACGUCGAUACCGUCUUAUCGUUCAACACCAACAGCAGACAGUACUCAAUCAACAGAUAGUACUCAGUCACGCGAAAUACCCAUUCAACGUGAAGAUGAAAUUCGAAAUGAAAUUUUGCGUGAAGCUCUAAAAUUUGUUGAUGAGAAAGGAUGGUCAGUAGAUGCAAUAAGAGAAGGUAUUCGUUCUCGUGGUCAUCCAUCUACAGUCGAAGGUUUAUUUUCAAAUGGUUAUGAUCUUGUUGAUUAUGUUGUUCACGAUGCAAACAAAAAAAUGGCAAAAUAUAUGAAAGAGAAAAAAGAGAAAGGAGAUACAAACACUGGACGGUUAUUAGUCGACGGUUUAAAAUAUCGUUUGAGUUUAAUAAUUCCCUAUGCACGAACAUGGGAUCAAGCUCUUGCUCUUGGUGCAAUACCUCAAAAUGCAGUUCGUGGAUGGAAAAAUAUCUUAGAUUUGUCAAGUGAGGCAUGGCAUGGUGUUGGAGAUACGUCAACAGAUGCGAACUGGUAUACAAAACGUUUGUUAUUAGCAGCUGUAUAUAAAAGUGCCGAAAUAUAUAUGCUUCAAGAUUCAUCACCAGAUAAAAUUGAUACAACGAAAUAUUUAGAAAGACGAUUAAAUGAUUUUUCUUCACUGGCUAAUGCGAAACACUCGGUACGACUGUUAGAAAAACUAUUGUAUAAAAAAGCAAGCUCAGAGUAUGAUGCUAUUUUGAAAGAUUGUACAUGA